AUGACGAGAACACUCGCGCCGCCGUUGGCCAAAAGUGAUUUCGGUAGUAAAGACAAUGGCAACCGCACCUCUCGAAGCUUCUCAGACCUGCCCUACGAGCUGCGCUCCAGGAUAUGGCGCAUGCAUCUCGAACGCCCCCGCAUUGUCAUCAUCAGGGGCAUCGUGGACGGCUCGGGCGUCGAGGUGUCCGGCAAUGAGCUGGGCAACGUCGCCUGCAACGCCCACUGGUACUGCGAGAACAGGAGCCCGGCGCUCUUUCGCGUGUGCGCCGAGUCACGCCGCGAGGCGCUGUCGUUCUUCAGGAUUCAUCUGCCCAUGAGGUCAUCAGAGCCCGACACCCACGGCUAUCCUUAUCUGAAUCAGCGAAACCCGGCCUGGGACCGGAUCUACAUCAACCCUGACUGGGACCUCGUCCUGUACCAGGGCGCCUCCGGCACCCUGACAAUGCCCAUCCUUGCCAGCGACCUGCUCGCCUACGACCCCUUGGGCGAGGGGGUUGUUCACUACGGCUCCAACGACUGGCCCAAGAGCAUCUGGCACGUCAAUCCGGACCCCGGCUUUGGCAUGGCCACCCUGGAUGAGUCGUUUGCCUUUCUCAAAAGCUUCUUCUUGUGCACGCGAUCCACGUCAGACAUGGCCCGUCCGCUGGGCGAGGGCUACGUGCACGCCGUGGUGGGCGAGGUCGGCCGCGCUGGCAUGCGUGACUUUGGCCUGCACGCCGUCGACUGGACGCCGGCUUCGCGCCUCGUCGUGCGCACCCCCAACAAUAGCAUGAUCCGCAAGGCCCUGAUCUUUGGCAAGGGAGUCGAGCAGUCCAUCGUGAACAACCUCGUCACGGUCGAGAUGACAACCCGCGUCCAAAAGCCACUGGCCGAGAGUCUCUGCUCGACGACGGACGGAUGGGUCAUCAGGCUGGCCUGGCAGCCGCCGGACCGCAGCAUCUCCCAUGUCAUGCACCUGACCACGGGCAUGGUGCGCCCGCCAGACGAGGUAGGAUGA